ACACGAGCCUGCCUUCAUGGAGCUGAGACACGAGCCUGCCUUCAUGGAGCUGAGACACGAGCCUGCCUUCAUGGAGCUGAGACACGAGCCUGCCUUCAUGGAGCUGAGACACGAGCCUGCCUUCAUGGAGCUGAGACACGCCAGGGCGCUCUGUGCCUGCUGAGAAGGCAGCGCUGGAGAACCCGACGUAACUGCACUGAGAUGAGAAACCCGACGCUUUUCGUGCCUUCUGGGAGAAAAAGUUGAUGACCCUUGUUGAUCCCCCCAGAGGAAUGAUCAGGGGCUCUGCCCUGCCCCUGCUAGUCUGGCUGCCCCUGGCCAGUCCCCAGGAGCUACAGCUUUGCCACUGGGCAGCUGUGAACGAAAAGGGUGGUGUUAGCUCCACAGAAAAUUUAAAUGUCUUCAGAAGACAAAGAAGCUCAGGAGGACGAGCUGCUGGCCCUGGCUAGCAUUUAUGAUGAAGAUGAGUUCAAGAGAGCAGAGUCAGCCCAAGGAGGAGAAACAAGAAUUUGUCUGGAGUUGCCCCAAAACUUCAAAAUUUUUGUGAGUGGCAAUUCCACAGAAAGUCUCCAGAGCAGCAGGUUUGAAUACACUGUCUGCUUUCUGCCUCCCCUUGUGCUGAACUUCGAGCUCCCACCAGACUACCCAUCCACCUCCCCACCCAUCUUCACCCUCAGUGGAAAAUGGCUCUCCCGAGCCCAGCUCAGUGCUCUUUGCAAGCACUUAGACAAUGUGUGGGAAGAGAACCGGGGCUGUGUGGUCUUAUUUGCCUGGAUGCAGUUUCUGAAGGAAGAAACACUGAGUUAUCUGAACAUUUCCUCCCCGUACGAGCUAAAAAUGUGCCACCAAGGGAGUGAGCAGAGCAGGACACCUUUAGUCCCUCUGGACACUGAGGAUUGUGGAGGUGCAGCAGGCUCUGCUGCAGCUGAAGAAGAAGUGGAUGCACGAGCUGUGCAGGAUGUGGAGUCCUUGUCGAGUUUGAUCAGGGAAAUCUUGGACUUUGACCAGGCUCAGAGGAGGAAAUGCUUUAACAGUAAGAUGUACUUGUGCAAUAUCUGCUUUUGUGAGAAGCUGGGCAGUGAAUGCAUGUACUUCACCGAGUGCAGCCACGUGUACUGCAGAGCCUGCCUGAAGGACUACUUUGAAAUCCAGAUCAGGGAUGGUCAGGUCCGCUGUCUCAACUGCCCAGAACCCAAGUGUUCCUCUGUGGCUACUCCUGGCCAGGUGAAGGAGCUGGUUGGAGAGGAGCUGUUUGCACGGUACGACCGCCUGCUCCUGCAGUCCAGCCUGGACCUGAUGGCUGAUGUGGUGUAUUGUCCUCGCCCGGGCUGCCAGACCCCGGUCAUGCAGGAGCCAGGCUGCACCAUGGGCAUGUGCUCCUGCUGCCACUAUGCUUUCUGCACCCUCUGUAAGAUGACUUACCAUGGGGUCUCUCCCUGUAAAGUCACUGCAGAGAAAUUAAUGGAUUUGAAAAAUGAUUAUUUGGAAGGAGAUGAGGCAACAAAAAGGUUCUUGGAACAACGGUAUGGCAAACGAGUGAUUCAGAAGGCCCUUGAGGAGAUGGAGAGUAAAGAGUGGCUGGAAAAGAACUCCAAGUCCUGCCCUUGCUGUGGGACUCACAUAGAGAAGCUGGAUGGCUGUAACAAGAUGACCUGCACGGGCUGCAUGCAGUAUUUCUGCUGGCUCUGCAUGGGCUCCCUGUCCCGGGUGAACCCCUACAGGCAUUUCAAUGACCCCUCUUCCCCCUGCUUCAACAGGUUGUUUCAAGCCAGGCAUAUGGAUGGUGAGUUCUGGGAGGAUGAAGAUGAAGACUAGUAGGUUUCUGUAGCACCAAAAGCUGAACAAACCAGAGACAGAUGCUUUCCAUUUUUGUGUCAAGUUGGUUUGCUUUUCACUUCCAUGACAUGGUAGAGGAGUGGUAACUAUCUUGCACUGCAGGAUACUCACACUUCAGAGGCUGUUGCCAAAACUAAAGGAGACCAUUUGACCCAGCCUGUGGUCAGGAUCAUCGUGGAAGAGCCUCAUAAUGGUAAUUGUUGUUGAAGACAAAUAGAGGAAGUCAGAAGUUAGAAAUAUACUGGGAAAAUAGAUACAAAGAGGUGUCUCUUUUUCAAAAGCAAACAGAUCUGAAGCACCAAGUCAUAAAAAUAUUUGUGUGUUCCCUUUA